AGUGUGAGACCUAUCGCCAGAUCAUAACCAGAAAGCAAAGCUUGAUCCCGCUGACGAUCACACCGACACCGAUCGUGUACGAGAUAUACAAUUGCACCAACGUCGUCCAGCUGAUUGUGGGAGGUGAGCAGGCCAAGUAUGGCGAGUUUCCACAUCACGCACUGCUCGGAUAUCCGCGCGAAACCGACAGCUCGCAGUACGACUUCCGGUGCGGCGGAACACUGAUCAGCGAUCGACACGUUCUGACCGCCGCCCACUGUUUCUCGGAGGGCAACCCGGCGGUGGUCCGCUUGGGCGAGUAUGAUACGGCGAACGUGUCGGACGAGGAAGUCCAGUUCGGAAUCGAGGAUUUCCUGAAACACCCACAGUAUUCGAACACCAGAUCAUACCAUGAUAUCGCUUUGAUACGGCUCGAUCGCCAGGUAUGGUUGACGAAGUACGUGCGGCCGGCGUGUCUGUGGGAUUCGGAAAGCCGUAACAUAACGAGAUACGUGGCCACUGGAUUCGGCUACAACGAGACCAUUGGCAUCGAGCUGUCUACGACGAUGAUGAAGGUGCAGCUGGACGAGUUCCCGGUGGAUGAUUGUGCGCGAGCGUUCGCCGGCCAAAAGCGCUUUCGGAACGGGGUGCAAGCUGGCCAAAUAUGUGUUGGAAGCAUUGUCGGUGGAAAGGAUACGUGUCAGGGCGACUCCGGGGGUCCUCUACAAGUUUUGGCCAACCCGAAAACCUGCAUCUAUCAUGUAGUCGGCAUCACGUCGACGGGCGGUGCCUGUGGUGUGGGCCACUCGAAGGCCAUCUACACGAAGGUAUCGUACUAUCUAGACUGGAUCGAGGAUCACGUUUGGGGUGACAAACGUUUGGAUGACGUUUGGCGUGCAUGGAGAAAGACAAGUCAGAACUAAUUAUUCUAAUAACAUCAUAUCAGAUCAGAAGAGAGAGCUUAAAGUUUCCCGUCUAUAGUUGCGCUCAGAUUCAAUAACUAAAAACCAAUCCCAUACGCGAAUUAGUUGACUUCACAAAUGUCGCCAAACCAAUACAAACAACAAGAGAGGGACAACUGUGGUGAAUGUUGGCACAUAAAUAU